ACUAGCAAUUCGGUUCCGGGACUGACUCAGGCCGAUUCUCUGUUUUUCUCCGUAACCGAGGCUUUACCGGGACUUUACCGGAGCGGCGGUACCAGCGGGCCGCAGUCCGGUGGGGGACACACCGACAGGCGACUGCAUGAAAGCGGCUCAUCGGGCCGUUAGCGGCUGUUAGCAUCCCUGCAGGACACGAGCUAACAGCUAAAGCUUACAUAAACAAGAAACAGACACGAUGGGGAACCAGCUGGCGGGCAUCGCCCCGUCUCAGAUCCUCUCCGUGGACAGUUACUUCUCAGACAUCCAUGAUCACGAGUAUGACAAGAGUCUGGGCAGCACGAGGUUCUUCAAGGUGGCACGGGCCAAACACCGCGAGGGUCUGGUGGUGGUCAAAGUGUUUGCCAUCCAGGACCCGUCGCUGCCGCUCAGCAGCUACAAGCAGGAGCUGGAGGAGCUGAAGAUCCGGCUGCACUCCUGCCAGAACUGCCUGCCGUUCCAGAAGACCUCGCUCAGUGACAAGGCCGCCAUCCUGUUCCGCCAGUAUGUGCGUGACAACCUGUACGACCGUAUCAGCACGCGGCCCUUCCUCAAUAACGUGGAGAAGCGCUGGCUCGCUUUCCAGAUCCUCAACGCCGUCGACCAGGCGCAUAAGGCCGGCGUGCGUCACGGCGACAUCAAGACUGAGAACGUAAUGGUGACCAGCUGGAACUGGGUGCUGCUCACCGACUUCGCCAGCUUCAAGCCCACGUACCUGCCCGAGGACAAUCCCGCCGACUUCAACUACUUCUUCGACACGUCGCGGCGCCGCACCUGCUACAUCGCGCCCGAGAGGUUUGUGGACGGCAGCAUGUUCGCCACCGAGAACGACCAGAACACGCCGCUGGUGGACCUGAGCAGCAACAACCAGAGGAGCCGAGGAGAACUCCGGCAAGCCAUGGACAUCUUCUCUGCAGGGUGUGUGAUUGCUGAGUUGUUCACAGAAGGAGUUCCUCUCUUCGAUCUUUCUCAGCUGCUCGCUUACCGAAAAGGAAACUUCCAGACAGAGCAGGUCCUCACAAAGAUAGAAGACCAGAGCAUCCGGGAGCUGGUUGCUCAGAUGGUCCAGAGAGAACCGGAGAAGCGUCUGACGGCUGAGGAGUACCUGAAGCAGCAGCGGGGGCGGGGCUUCCCCGACAUCUUCUACACCUUCCUGCAGCCAUACAUGGCUCAGUUCUCCAAGGAGACGUUCCAGAGCGCAGACCAGCGCGUGCUCGUGAUCCGCAAAGAUCUGGACAACAUCCUGCACAACCUGCGGGGAGGCUCCUCCUCCUCCUCCUCUCAGGAUGGCGUUGAGGGUUCUGUGAGCUCGCGGGAGGAGCAGGGCCUGCUGGUUCUGGUCUCGGUCAUCACGUCCUGCCUGCAGACGCUCCACUCCUGCGACUCCAAGCUCGCGGCCCUGGAGCUGGUCCUGCACCUGGCGCCGCGGCUGGCCGUGGACAUCCUGCUGGACCGCAUCACGCCGUACCUGCUGCACUUCUGCAGCGACCCCGUUCCGCGCGUGCGCGCUCAGGCCGUGCGCACGCUCGCCAAGGUGCUGGCUCUGGUGAAGGAGGUACCGAGGAACGACGUCAACAUCUACCCAGAGUACAUCCUGCCGGGCAUCGCCCAUCUGGCCCAGGACGACGCCACCAUCGUGCGGCUGGCGUACGCAGAGAACAUCGCCCACCUGGCCGAGAGCGCGCUGCGCUUCCUGGAGCUGGUUCAAGAGAACAACGUGAACACUGAGCAGGAACUGAGCGGAGAGGACGCCGAGGAGACGCUGCACCCCAACGAGAACUACGACUCUGAGCUGCAGGCUCUUCAUGAGAUGGUGCAGCAGAAGGUCGUGACCUUGCUGAGCGACUCCGAGAACAUCGUCAAACAGUCCCUGAUGGAGAACGGCAUCACGCGGCUCUGCGUGUUCUUCGGCCGGCAGAAAGCCAACGACGUGCUGCUGUCGCACAUGAUCACCUUCCUCAACGACAAGAACGAUUGGCACCUGCGGGGGGCCUUCUUCGACAGCAUCGUGGGCGUGGCCGCGUACGUGGGCUGGCAGAGCUCGUCCAUCUUGAAGCCCCUCCUCCAGCAGGGUCUGAGCGACACUGAGGAGUUCGUCAUCUACAAAGCUCUGAACGCGCUGACCUGCAUGUGCCAGCUGGGUCUGCUGCAGAAACCUCACAUCUACGAGUUCGUCAGCGACAUCUCUCCGUUCCUCUGUCAUCCCAACCUGUGGAUCCGGUACGGAGCCGUGGGCUUCAUCACCGUGGUCGCUCAGCACCUGAACGUGGCCGACGUCUACUGCAAGCUCAUGCCUCACCUCAACGCCUUCAUCAGCCAGCCCAUCAUCCAGAUCGAUAAGGAGCUGGUUCUGCUCAGCGUUCUGAAGGAGCCAGUCAGUCGCUCCAUCUUUGACUACGCUCUUCGAUCCAAAGACAUCAGCAGCCUCUUCAGACAUCUGCUGCUGCGCCAGAAGAAACGAGCCGGAUCAAUCCCAGAAUGCCCUGCGCCGGACGACCCGGCUAUCGCUCAGCUGCUCAAAAAGCUACUGUCACAGGGGAUGACAGAGGCUGAGGAGGACAAACUCCUGGCUCUCAAAGACUUCAUGCUGAAGUCUAACAAGGCCAAAGCCAACAUGGGAGAGCAGAACCAGCUGGGAGAGGCGGCGCAGACGGGAGUCAUCGACCUCGCCAUGCUCGGCAUCACCGGCCGCCAGGUGGACCUGGUCAAGCCCAAGAACGAGGCCGAAGACAAGCGAGCGAGGAAGCACACCAAGCAGGACUCCACCAUGAACGAGGAGUGGAAGAGCAUGUUUGGAUCCCAGGAACCGCCGUCCUCUCAGCCCGCCACGGUCACCGACGGGCCGGUGCCUCAGGUCAGGAAGAGUGCGGCGGUCCCGGCGGUUCCCGCGCUGCAGUCAGUGGGCGGCGGUCCCACCUACCAACGCCGCAUGAACACCUGCAAGGCAGAGCUGCAGCAGCUGGUGCAGCAGAAGAGGGAGCAGUGCAGCGCCGAGCGCAUGGCCAAGCAGAUGAUGGAGAGCGCCGAGUGGGAGAGCCGCCCACCACCGCCAGGAUGGCAUCCCAAAGGUUUGCUGGUCGCUCACCUCCACGAACACAAAGCUGCUGUGAACCGAAUCCGAGUCUCAGACGAGCACAACAUCUUCGCCACGGCGUCCAAUGACGGCACCGUCAAAGUGUGGGACAGUCAAAAGAUGGAGGGCAAGACCACCACCACCAGGUCGGUGCUGACGUACUCUCGUAUCGGAGGACACGUGAAGACUCUGACCUUCUGUCCGGGCUCGCACUACCUAGCCGUGGCCUCAGACGCUGGAUCCAUCCAGCUGCUGGCAGUCGAAGCCAAUAAACCGCCAAAGUCGCCCAAAGUGCAGCCGUUCCAGACCAGGACUUUGGACCCACAGGAGGACGGCUGUGCGGUGGACAUUCAUCACUUUAACUCGGGCCCCCAGUCCGUGCUGGCGUACGCCACCGUCAACGGGUCUCUGGUGGGCUGGGACCUUCGCUCCAACUCCAACGCCUGGACUUUACGCCACGAUCUCCGGCUGGGACUGAUCACGUCCUUCAGCGUGGACAUGCACCAGUGCUGGCUGUGUCUCGGUACCAGCAGUGGCACCAUGGCAUGCUGGGAUAUGCGCUUCCAGCUGCCCAUCUCCAACCACUCCCACCCGGCCCGGGCUCGGAUCAGACGACUGCUGAUGCACCCGCUCUACCAGUCCUCUGUUAUCGCAGCUGUGCAGGGAAAUAACGAGGUGUCCAUGUGGGACAUGGAGACCGGAGACCGCAAGUUCACCCUGUGGGCAAGUUCAGCGCCUCCUCUGUCAGAGAUGCAGCCGUCUCCUCACAGUGUGAAUGGGAUCUACUGCAGUCCUGCUGACGGGAAUCCACUGCUGCUGACCGCAGGCUCCGACAUGAGGAUCAGGUUUUGGGAUCUGGCCUAUCCAGAGAGGUCGUACAUUGUAGCAGGCGGAGCCAACGACUCGCUGCACUGUCCUUCUGUCCUGUACAGCCGCAAGAUCAUCGAAGGAACUGAGGUCAUCCAGGAGAUCCACAGUAAACAGAAGAGCGGUGUGGUGGAGGACUCUCCUCGCCGCGGUCCAGAAUCGCUCCCUGUGGGACACCACGACAUCGUCACAGACAUCGCCACCUUCCAGACCACGCAGGGCUUCAUCGUCACGUCGUCCAGAGACGGCAUCGUCAAGGUCUGGAAGUGAGGCUCCUCUUCCUCCAUGAUGACAUCAUCAUCAUCUGAACACUGUGGCGAGCUCCUCAGGAGGUGAAGACUUUGUGUUGCAUGAUGGGAAAUGUUGAACAGACAAGAAGCUUUUUUUUCCAUCCACGCACGGAGGUGUGACGGGAGGUCACGUGACACGGCGAUGACGCUCAACUUUUAAGCUGGGAUGUUGUUUCCAGAAAAAAUGAAGAAGAAGAUGAUGAGUUCCAGGUUCUCUUCAGUUUGUAAAAAGUGUUCACUUUCCAUGUUCUUGUUUUGUGUCGCCUGAUCAAUAAAUUCACCUCGUUUCACU